UCGAUAGCUAUGGACGUAUUCGAGAAAGAAUACAACGGUUAUCGUAUUGUGGCGUGUAUUGUUGGACUAUGGCCAUUCCAAAAAUCAGUUGGUACAAUGAUUAAAAGAAUAAUUUUUUGUACUAGCUUCAUCGCGGCUUCAGUAAUCCAGGUAACGAAUAUCCUUCAUUCAUUUUGUGGACAAAUAGUAGCGCUUUUAAACUCUGAAAUUACGUUAUACAGCUGCGUCCUAACAGCGUCUAUGACUGCUCCUUUAUUAUUAUUUUUCUUACGA